AUGGCAGCCCAGACGGGGGGAGCCUGUGUUUGUUUGGAUCACCAGUUAUCGCACGGUGGCGCCACCAAGAAGACCCUAGGAGCCUUAAUUGAGAGGCUCCGAAACAGCAAGUCACAGAAUCAUUCCUGGAAUGAGAGCAUCAAAUAUGUCUGGAGUUCAGUGGCUGAACGAAGGGCACAGAUAGAGAACACAGAGCCAUCGGGUGUGCAGCAGUGUUUGGACACGUUACAGAAGGUCAUCACAGUGAAAUCCCAGCAGAAUCUGAAAGAAAAGUUGGAUGUGAUCGGCCGACGUUUGGGCCUGAACACCCAGAUCCAGGAACAGAAAGUCUCCCUUCGCACAGACGCCUUCCAGGUGGACGUGUUGCUAGGUGACGGGGGACUCAUUACAAACGUGCGGUUGGCCAACCAGGGAGAUGUGAUGGAGUGUCCAAAUCUGAAGGAGAUUUUACAAAAGGGAGAUUUUUCGGAAUUUAUUGAGCAUUUACAAGGCCUUCAAAGCAUUUAUCAAGUGACAACAGAUGAAAAAUUAAAAUCAAAAGCAUUUGUAGCCCUGCAAGCACUAGAGAAGGAUCUUAACCAACUUGCUCAAUUUCAGAGUUCCAUCAGCGGUGUUGCUAACUAUAUCCACAAGUGCCCCCUGGGGAUCAUGCUGCCCCGUCUAGCUGGAAAGCCUAUGAAACUCAUCUAUUUUGUAUCACCCUACGACUUGCUGGACAAGAAGUCCUUGGCCGCUCACCCUCUGACUGUAGAAGCCAUAACAGAAAACUUGCUGGGUCAGAGUGUCAAUGUCUGUAUUGAACCAGUUCCAGAGUCUGCCCCGGCCAAUAAACUCCAGACCAUGCCGCUCAUGAAUGUCAGCAAGACACAGGAUGGAAAGAGCUUGCCCUCAUUCUCUGCAGUCAGUAAAAUCAACAGCAUGAUGCUUCCUGCCAGUUUUGUCCUGGUUCUAGCUCAAGGCGUCCCUGUCUCCGCACAGAUUCUCCAGAAGAUCACCUCCCUGACAUGUCUGGAAAUCCACAAAGAGGCCGAAUGUAGGAGUUUGCGAUCCUUGAUUCUGGAGACAUUCUCUGGGGGGGACAUCAGAGAAGAAAGGAGGUUGGUUGUCUCCCUGCCUGACCAGCAGCACAUCUACUUUCUGGAAUGUCUCAAUGGAGGCUGCCAGGAGCAUCAGGGCCUGAUGGUCUCUCGCAUCCCCUUCACACACCCCACCCAUGUGCCACAGAUCUUGAAUCUCCUCAGGCAGCAGCUUUUGUUUAAUAUCGUUGUGGGCAGCUGUGUCCGGCCAGGAGCCAAGUCAGAGUCCAGCAACAGUGUUGUCUUUGAAGUGACGGCCAUUUCCCUACAGCAGCUGACCAUUGUAUUUGAGCAUCCAGCCUAUGACUCCAUGAUCAGAGUUGACAUUGAUCUGGCGGACAUUACCAACUUGAAGUGCAAGGUGGCAUGUACCAACUCUGACCAGGUACUCUGUUCGGAUGAAGCUAUUUCCAGGGUUUUUCACAGGUGCAUGUCUAUACCUAUAAUGCUGCGAUGGCUGAUUGGGAAAGGUCUUGGACAGUUGGAUAAGUUGAAGGAAGCGGCACUGGCUGCAGAAAGAGAACAAAAGGAGAAAGAACAAUUUCUGAAGGAACUGAAGCAACAGCAGGCCAAGUUUCAGCCAACAACAGUACAGACAAACAGACCACCACCUCAGCCUCCUCAUCCGCCUCCGUUACCACCGCCACCAAGUUAUCCCCAGUUUCAUUCCCCUGUGCAUAUCCCUCAUAAUGUGAUGAACAGCAUUGGCCAGUUGCCAGCAUUGACUGAAGCCGGGGCAGUCCUGGCAGACUUCAGCCACAUGACCGACGGCAAUAGCAAACAUCUGAAUGAUCGGUUGCCAUUGGUGGCAGACAGUGAGCAGGUCCGCCAUUCGGUUGUCAUCCCUCUGCUGCUUGAGGAGGAACUAGCAAGUGCCAGUAAGCCCAAGGAGGUACAUGAUGCUCCCAUGUUGUCUCGGCUGCUGGAUGACAACACAUCGGUAGCCACAACUGUGAUUCCUAUGGAUUGUAAACCUGCCCUUAUGACUUCAGUGAAACGUUCGCGGAAACGCAAACCACAGUCCGAUUCUAGUGGGCCUAGUCCCAAGCACUAUCUGGCCGAUGGCGACUUCAGUGAACGUUUUGGUCCACUGGGUGCUUCCUUGGAUUUAGAUAUGAUGCCAGGAGUUAUUGACCAUCAUUUUCAUAACAGUCCUCCGGUCAUCAGGUCAAUGACACCCACCUAUGGAUCCUCAAGUCAUCACGCUCAUCACCCAGUGCUCAACCGUGCUCCUGCACGCUCACAAAACAAUGUUAUCGAUCUGACAGAAGACACCUCUGUCGGCGAGUCCAGCCUCAAACGGCUGUCUGAUUUAUCAAUGUUGUUCAACGAAACAGAGGCUCAAAGUAGAAUUCCAAAUCUACUACAAAAUUCUCCAUCAAAUUCAAAAAACGAGAACGCCUCUACCUCUCUUGAGGGUUACCUCACAGGGUCGGGAGAGGUAGGAAGGGCGCAGGAUUUCGACCCCAGUGAUGCUUCUUCUGUCCACAGUAGCAGCACUGUCUCCAGGCUGACCUGUAUGUUGUCGGAGAACACCUCUCCCUGUCUCAGUACAUCGCCUCCCAAAGCAAACUCGGCUUUGCUGACAGGUAAGGCUGCAAGUGGUGAUCUCUGCUCUGUUGGCCUCAGGAAAUCUCCUUCCAACACCAUUGGCCAGGACGUCAGACCACCACAGGCUGGAGGUGGGGUGUGCCAGGGUUCCGACUUGAACAUCAUCAAUGACAGGAAGAGCAUGACAGGCCUGUUUGACCAGAUCAAUGACAGGAAGAGCAUGACAGGCCUGUUUGACCGGUUUGACAUUUCUAAACAGCAGAAAGCCGAGAAAGCUGAAGCAGUCAGCGGUGAAGUGCGGUCACAGCUGGUCGAAGGUAAAGUCUGCCUCAGACUCAAAGUUGGCCCUUUAAAACAGCAGAAUAGCAUCAAACCAUUAGUGAAGUCAUACAGGUCGCUGGAUGAGGCUGUCAUGUGUGGCCAGAAAAACAAUCUAGCAACAUUUGAUUUCAAGAGUGAUGAGGAUGAUGAGGCGCCGCUUGUGCAUUUCUCUUCAGAUCGCUACGUGUAUUCCUCCUCGCCAACAUGUCUGCAGAUUUCCAGCAAACAGAAACCAUUCGCUGACCAUGCUUCCAUCCAUCAUAAAUCUGACAGGGUCAAGAGGAAAGACAAAAAUUCAGGAAAUACCACAAAAAGGAAACGAGAGAAGGAUAAGUCAAAACGGGAAAAGAAGAAGAAGAAAAGCGAGCAUUUUAUUCAAGAAUCUGUGUAUCGGACAGUUGAAAAUGAUGCAAAGGGAGAUUUUAAAAUGAAGAUAAGAGUGAAGCCUGUCACCGACAAGUCGGAUUUGUUUUCUGAUGGCAAGGUUGCUAGUUAUGAAAUCAGCAAGAAGCCAUUGGUCAGCUCCGUGGUGAAACCACCAGCCAGUCAUGAGCACGUUAGAGGUGUGCAUAUUGUUAAUGAAAUAGCCAAAGAGAAAGAGAGCACUGGGGAGAGCGACAGCCACAAAGCUGUGUCAGGCAAGUCUGCUGUACUGCUGCAUAAGCCUUUCCCUAAGAUGGGCAGCUGCAGAGUGUCUCCGUCUGCUGGUGCUGGCAUUAAAACUGACCCAAAGCUGGUGACCAAGGCCACAAUCAGACUGAAGCCUUUAACUAUGCCUAACUGCAGUUCUAGCGUCAACAUCUCCAAGUCUUCGUUGGCUCAUAAAGCUGAGCGUUGCAACUCUGCCUGUGUAAUACCACCUGUUUUAGAGAAACCAAUAGCUGUUCAUAAUUCUCUGGAGCGAAGAGGCUCAACAUCAAACUUGAUAGAUCGUCGCAGCCUCACACAGUCAUCAUCAUCUACACCUUUGUCAGCAUCGACAACCUCUACAUCAACUACACCGACGCCCUCUACAACAACAACAACAGCCAAUCUCUCCUUGUCCAGCAUUCUCCCAAAUGCUCCCACUGUUAGCAAAAUUGCCAGCUUACCUCGAAUCCCAAAGCUGUCUUCCUCUUCAUCAAAUGCUUCCAUUAGUCGCACUUCCAGCCUAGACACUGUGUCAGAACUGACUCCCACUUCCGCUGGCACCAAAGCUAACAACAGCUACACACUGGGGCCAGCAGGUAAACUAUCCGCUGGCAGCGCUGCUACACUUAACUAUGGCAGUCGCCCCAUGGCAUCGGGCAACGGCAGUUCAGCUACCGGUUGGUCCACAUUUAAUACAAAUAGACCUGGUUUGGGACAUCGUCAGACCAGUCCACUGGUCAUCUCUAACCAAGCUGGGUUACAAAGGACAGCACUGGGACACAAGGCAGGGUUUCGUUCGGCAGGUAAUCACAAACAUUUGAGCAGUUUCACAAACAACAGGUCCAUCAAAGAGUUAGCAGGCAGCUCCAGUAGCACACAAAAGACCUUCUCUAAUGUGUUUAAACCCAGUAGUCGUAUUAGCUCUCCGCUGCUGGCAGGGCAUUUCAUGGGCCACAAGCCGAAUGCAGCAAGUGUACAUCCACAAAAACAUGCCAGCCCAAACACACAUGUGGCUGCCAGUUCUCGCACUGGAUCUGGUACUCUCGACAGAUCUCCAAAUACUUCUGGGGUCACUAGGUCACCUAACUCUGGCAGGUCGCCAAGCAUCAACAGCUCUGGCAGGUCGCCAAGCAUCAACAACUCUGGCAGGUCCCCAAGCAUUAACAACUCUGGCAGGUCGCCAAACAUCAACAACUCUGGCAGAUCGCCAAACAUCAACAACUCUGGCAGGUCCCCAAGCAUCAACAACUCUGGCAGGUCGCCAAACAUCAACAACUCUGGCAGGUCGCCAAACAUCAACAACUCUGGCAGGUCGCCAAACAUCAACAACUCUGGCAGGUCCCCAAGCAUCAACAACUCUGGCAGGUCGCCAAACAUCAACAACUCUGGCAGGUCGCCAAACAUCAGCAAUAGUUCUCUGAAGUGCACAGCCAGUCCCUCAACAGGCAGACCCACUCUCUCACACAGACAGAUCCCUGGUGUGUCCACAUUUUCAAGUGUACAUAAAUCUAUCUUGAAAACACAUGACUCAUCUACAUCACACAGAACUGGCAGCCUGAAGUCAUCUCCCUCAGAAACAGGAACUAACAGCAACAGCCCCCACACAGCGGACAGUGCUCCAAUAGUUGCUGCUGCUUACCCUCUCACUAACUUCCCUGGUGAGGGCUGUUCCAUGAGUUCCUUGCCCAGCAAUGGGGCACCGUCACCCUCAGUUCACAAACUUUCAGCUGCACAACCACAUACGAUAUCAGUGUUUUCUUUUGCAUCAUCAGUAAGCACAUCAUCGCCGCCAACAUCACCAUCAUUGCUGAACUCCAGCACAGUUGCUGAUUCAGUGUGGGGCAGGCACAGUCAGGCAUCUGUGGAUACAAGUCAGUUAUUACCAUCUGACAAGCUCUCAUCAUCGCCAGGUGUAGUCAUACCUCAUGGUGCAGAUAGCACCAGGAACAGGUUUCACUCAUGUUCCACUCGAGGCCGCAAGAGUUCCCUGUCUGCUAUUGUAGAUAAGUUAAAACAUAGUGCCGUUGGCUCCUCUGUAGCCUCUGUCAGGCCUGUGCGUCCAUGUUCUGAGAGUCUGUACAGUCAGGUCAGUCAACCAUUGUGGCCUGGGCAGGAUGGUGUUCAUUCAACUAUCACACACAUGGAGAGAACACUUUCUAGUCAGCCUGUAGUGAAUGUUCAGUCUGGAGUAGAGAUCAGACCAAUCAGCCAUAUCUCUGAGGGCAACCAGAAGGCUGUUGUGUGUGCAGAGCAGGAGAAAGAUGCAGCUGCUGGUACUUGCCUCACAGCCCCAGAUGCUGUCAGGGACAGUGAUACACUGUCUAGUGAAAUCUGCGACAGGGGUCAGAAUGUUGAAAAUAAAACUGGACAUGUGCCCAUGGGGAUGGAAGCCAAGCACCAGCUGGGUCUGGUCAUGGCAGAUGGCUCAACAAAAGGAGAGUCUCCUGGCACCAGGCUGGAUGGCAGUGUGCUGAAGAACUUGUCAGGGCCACCACAGACCUCAGCUUCCUCUCACCAGAAUUCUCUGACUGCCUCUGCUCACCUGCGUCCAGCUUCACCAUUCCAUCCUCUAGAACCCUCUGGUGCUGCCAGCAGAAACUUCUCACCCCUGACUGUGCCCACUGGCCGGGACAGCAGUCAGGGCUUGUCGCUGGUCUCAUCAAAACAUCCAGAAACUGUGCCCAGUGGCCGGGACAGCAGUCAGGGCUUGUCGCUGGUCUCACCAAAACAUCCAGAAGAAUGUCUUUAUGAAGAUAGCCAGACAGACAAAAUAUUGAUGGAACCUCGAGGUAAUGGCCGGCUAGGUGAUCAUGACACAGAGCAGCACAAUGACACAGCUUGUAUAGGUGUAGAAAUGAACUCCUCCAAACCACUCUCUAGUCCAUUAAGUGACAUCAGUAGUGCGGGCAGUGACCUGGUGAUAGAUGAUGAAGCAGCCACACACACAGUUCCUCAACACCCCUGCCAGUUUUCAGGCAGCAAUAGUCUUCACAAACCCCAGUCACUCAUCUCUAGCAGCAGCCAAAGCCUGGCAAACAACCUGGACCAUGCAACAUCCUGCCCUGGGACCACCAGUCCGCCACCACCAUCUGCCAAAUGUGCUUCACUUGCCAAGUACCCACAGUGUGCCUCAUCCAGAGAAUCUGACUCACCCUGUCCCAUAGAUGAUGACCUUAUGGACAUGGCCCUGGGCUUGGGUAGUUGA